AUGGCGUUUCGUUGUCUCCGCGGCCCAGUUCGCCGUAACGCUAAGUGCCCCGAUUUGUACGAAAUAAGUGACGAGCCACAACGAAAAGAAUUCCUCGAUGAUCUGUUCUCCUUCAUGCAAAAGCGAGCAUUAAAAUUUGUGAAUCUUAAACGAGGCUCCGACGUGAAGAUACUUUUACGUUAUGCCAGAGGGGCAAACAUAAAACUUUUAAUUAGUAGAAUUAAUUUAUUCGAGUCAGGUUAA